AAUGGCAAAUGAAGAAGUGUUUGAUGAUGACUUUUAUCAAGAAGAUUUCUCAACUGCAACAGAAUGGGAAGCAUUUGUAUCAAGAUUAACUGACAUACUUGAAUCAUACGAAGUUGUUGAAGAAGAACCAUUGUCAAAUAAUGAAUUAUCACUUUGUGAAUGGUGUGAAGAAGAAGAAAGUAUUGUGUUUAAUGAUUUUAACUUGAGUGUGAUACGUUAUAAGGCUAAAAUUCCACCUAAACAAGAAGCAUCUAAAUCAACACAAUGUCAGGUCUUCCAGGAUUUAAUUUCCAUAAAGAACGAUCACUGCCUUUUGGAUUUUAAUUAUUUAAGGCAUGAUUAUGAAGUUUUGUAUGCUCCAAAGCCAGCAAAAAUUCAUCCUCUUGCAGUUUGGUAUGGAUUGCGUGAUUUUAUAGUUUUAAAAAACAAGAAACCACUUCAUGACCUCAGCAAGAUUAAAUUGCUUCAAAGUUCAAUGAGAAUCUCUGUAUUUGAUAGCAAAUGCAAUAUUCCAACGUUUAUCCAAGCUCUAUAUCAUGAGCAAGAUCUCUUCCUGGGCAUUUAUGAGUACAAAGAGUUUCAAUUGGCCUUCGAUAUUGUUCAUUUAAAAACACCUCCACCGCCAUGUAAAUAUUUAUCAGGCUUGAUUGAAAUGUUUAAAGGAAAAAUCGGCAUGGCUUAUGUUAAUCCAGUGACAGUCUCUGUAUGUCUCUCAUACAGUCUCAAGAACUUUUUAUCAGCAGCAUAUUCAUCAGACAAGAAAAGUGACAAUGACGAAUGGGAUAAAAUUGAUUUUGUUAAUGUCGUUUCGAAUCUUUCAUUUGGAGUUUCAAUCGAUCCAGUUCAUGAGUUAAUUUUGUACACAAAAUGGCCACAAGUAGGUGAAAAUGUUGUGUUCGAUUCAGAAACUUAUUCAGACUUCAAUCCAAUCAAUGCUCCAAAGUGGAGCAUUCGAACUCGUUUCGAUUAUACGCCAGUUUGUUAUCUUGCUGACAUGCUUCACGAUUACUUGACAUUGAUAGAGUCACAAGAAGCUCUCUCCGAAUAUUACAACUUUUUGUUGUCUAAAAAUCGAGCUGGUGACGUUGGAAAUCCAUUUGCAGCAUUAACAGAUUCGAGGAUUCCAAGUUUACCUUCAGUGUUGAACACUGGAAGUUAUUCAAUUGAUGGUCCAAUCAACGAAGAUCAAAUGCAACAAAUCUUUUCUUAUCUUUUUCCUGAAAACAACGCUGGAAAGUUUUCCUACGGAGAUAUUCAAGAUAAUCAGUUUGAUCCACAAAAGAUCAAGUCAGCAACUCCUGAUUCUCUCGUUCAUCGUCUUUCGAUCAUUCUCGCUAAUAUUUACACAUCAUUCAGUGGACGACGUAGUGUUGCACAAUUCUGGACAGAAUUCACACAGAAACUUCGUGAACGUGUUGAAAAAUGUCUUCGAAUUCCAGGAGUUGCAAGUGGAUUUCCUGACAUGAGAACAUGUUUGCUGCAUCAGAAGCUUCAGAUGUUGAAUGUUUGCAUUGAACGUAAAAAUAUUCGCGAGGGAAGAUUGCCAUUCGCAAUGCAACAGCAAUUUGCACAACAAGAAGGAAAAACUGAUUCCGAUGAUGAAUUUUUUGAUUGUGAUGAUGAUCGUGUCGUAGAUGAUGAAGCUGCAGCAACGCAAUCCCCAUGGAAUCCCGUUGGGCGAAUUUCAAAGCUUGGAAAAAUGUUAUUGAUUGACUGCGAUGAGCCACUUUACAUUCCAGUGACACAAGAUCCAGUUCCGAAGACAGAAGAUGAAUUAGAAGACGAUGCUGAAAUGUUAUUGAAUGUUUCAGACAGUGAACUACGUGCACAAUUGAUGAGUGCUUCACUUUUAUCUGAUAUGGAGAGUUUCAAAGCAGCAAAUCCAAAGGGAAAACUUGAAGAUUUCAUUCGAUGGUAUAGUCCAAGGGAUUGGAUAGAAGAUGAAGCAAAUGAAGACGAAUUAUUUGGCCGAAAAGGUCAUUUAAGUGAUCGAAUGAUGAUUCCUGGCAACACAUGGCAGACUGUUUGGAGUUCGGCUAAACCAGUUCCGGCACGACGACAAAGACGUCUCUUUGAUGACACAAAAGAAAUGGAGAAAGUUUUACAUUUCUUGGAAUGUCAGACACUUGGAAGUAUUGGAGAAUUAACAAUCGCGCCUCUCUUUCAUUCUGCUUUGAUUAAACUUCAAAAGGAAUCUGAAGAAACAAAAGAUUUCCUUCCAAAUUUUAAAGAAAAGGAAAAUAAGCUGAAACAAAAUUGUUGCAUUUUAUCACGAGAAAAAUGGAUCAGCUCGAAAAAUGUCUCCAGAAAAAAAUGGGAAGCAAUAACGAAUGAUUUCUCCGAAUGGGAAUUAUCAAUAAAUCAAGGAAAAAGUAUAAUGAAGAAAUUGUACCAAGAAGAUUAUAAGCUGAACGAUGAUGAUAUAAAGUUUUUGAAUUCUCUGAUGAAAUGUUACGACACCGAACUUGAAGGUGGAGCUAAAAACGAUAUUGGUGUUCGAGUGAUGAGCAUGUUUAAUGAAGCAAGAGCUUAUCAAAAUGAACAACGACCUGAAGAUCAUUCUUGGAGUCUACCUGAUCCAUUUGAGAAGCAAUUUACGCUUCGACAAUUUGGAAAUACAACAAACCAAGGAACAGGUGGCCCACAAUUUAUGCGAGUGAUUCUAUCAGGAAAUGAAUUCCGAUUAUGUGGAGCUUUUAGUCAAAAUACAACAUUUGUUUAUGCGCCGUAAACUUUUAUUUAUAAAUUUAAUUAAUAAUCAGCUAAUUAAAUUCAAUAAAGCAUUAAUGUUAUUUCAAGUUUGAAACCAAA